AGAGAUGUAAAUUUCAUCAUUUCAUCAGCUGCCUCCUCCUUCUCUCUCAUCACUUUGAUAAUAAAAACUCUCUCGAGAAUAUCUUUGGUAAAUUGAAAGAAGAAAGAAAGAAAGAAAUAGAGAGAGAAAUAGAGAUAGAUAGAUAGAGAGAGAGAGAGGAAAAAGGAGGGCCUUUCGCCCUUUGAUCUUGAUAUUCCUCCUCUCAGAUCUUAGAUUCUCUACUUCUUCAAUCUGGGUCUUCUUCAAUUUGGAAACCUUGACUAACAGUUGAUCGGCUAUCGAUCUAACGAAGAUCCGAUGCUAUCUGAUUGAAUCCACAACUACCCGUUACUUUACUACUUACCCAGAAACUGUUUAGUUUCUAGUGGAUUCACAGAUAAGUAGCUAGGCAGAAUGGAAGUGGAGCCAGGUAAGCUGUUUAUUGGUGGGAUUUCCUGGGACACAAAUGACGGCCGUCUGAAAGACUAUUUCCAGACUUUCGGAGAGGUGGUUGAAGCUGUGAUAAUGAAGGAUCGAAACACUGGUCGUGCUCGGGGAUUUGGUUUUGUUGUUUUUGCUGAUGCAUCUGUUGCAGAGAAAGUUCUUAAGGAAAAACACAUUAUAGAUGGUAGAAUGGUUGAGGCAAAGAAGGCUGUUCCUAGAGAUGAUCAAACCACUGUAGUAAGAAACAGUAGCAGCAGCAGCAUUCAUGGCAGUCCCGGUCCUGGUCCUGCUGUUCGUACUAAGAAGAUAUUUGUUGGAGGCUUAGCUUCGAAUGUUACAGAGAGCGAAUUCAAGAGGUACUUUGAUCAGUUCGGAAUUAUUACAGAUGUUGUAGUGAUGUACGAUCACAACACACAAAGGCCUCGCGGGUUUGGAUUCAUCACUUUCGACUCUGAGGAAGCAGUAGACAAAGUUUUGGUGAAAAUCUUUCACGAACUGGGUGGAAAGAUGGUUGAGGUCAAGCGGGCUGUCCCUAAGGAGCUUUCGCCUGGGCCUAACCGAAGCCCUCUCAGUGGAUAUAAUAGCAGCUAUGGAAUGGGUAGUAGAGUCAGCAGUUUACUUAACAAUUAUGUUCAAGGACAGGGUGGCUUGCGUAUUGAUGGUAGAUUGAGUCCAAUUACGAUUGGGCGAAAUGGGUAUCCUCCUUUCAGCCCAACUGGUUAUGGAAUGAGUCUGAAUUUUGAACCUGGGUUGAAUAAUACACCUUUUGGGUUGAAUGGGAACCUAAGUGGUGGCAGUAAUGCUAACUUUGGUUAUGGACGACCACCAAAUUCAUACUAUGGUGGCAGCUCAAGCAGUAUUAGGUACAAUGGGAAUGGGGCUGCUCCUCCUGCUGCUGCCGCCUUAAGUUCACCAAACCGGAGCAUGUGGCUUAAUGGUGGUCAGAAUGUUGAUGAACUUAUCGGGUCUGGAAUGGGGAAUAUGGGUUUUGGAAAUAUUGGAACAAUAUGGGGUGGUGUUGGUAGUGGUGGGGGAGGAUCCUCUACAAUGUCGGGCCAAGGUGGGAUUAAUGCUGCUGUUUCCAACUAUAAUAAUAGCGGGAAUAAUAGUUUUCUUGGCUCGUCUGGAAUGGAUAUUGGUUAUAGAAGAAACAAUGUGCUUCCAAGUGGUGGUGAUGGGGUUCAAGGUCGUUUUGGUAAUUUAUAUGGAGGGGACGGUUCUUCGAUGUAUUUGGACUCGACAUGGAGGUUGCCUCCUUCUCUGGAAUUCGACGUAUCUGGUGGUGGUUCUUUUGGUUAUGGGUCUGAAAACUUGGGUUCUAAUGUUGCAUCUAAUAGCUCUGUUGGAUACAUAGGAGAUUACAAUGUGAGCAAUAGAUCAACCAGGGGAAUUGUUACCUAAUAAUAAGAAGAAGAUGAUGUUUGUUUAGCAGUGUUGAAUAAUAAUGUCAGAUGUUUUGAAAUGGGGAAUGUGACUUUUUGUUUUUUGUUUUUUACCAUACAAUACCGUUAGCAAGAUUUGAAGCUGUUGCUGCUUCCUAUAUACUACAUGUAUUUCGCCACAGCUAAUUGAAGGAUAGAAGAAGAAGUAGAAGAAGAUGAAGAACUCGUCAGUUGUGUUUACCAAGAACAGGAAUUCCCGCUGCUAAGUUAAGGUUUGCGUUUUUGUUUUGUUUCUUUCAGUAAUAGUCAGACAGAGAAGACUACUUGAGAUGAUUUAUAUGUAAUCAGAUUGCGGGGAUAAUAUUCACUCACAGGGUUAUGCUUUUGAAUUUGAAUGCAUCUCUGAUGCAUUAUCGUC